AUGCCUCCUAAAAAUGCUAAAAUAUCUCCUUGUGAGGAGGAUGCUGUGGUCACAAUGAGCUCACUCUCUCAGUUAAUGGAGCAGCAGAGAGAGAUCUAUAAGGAUAUGUUACUGCAGCAGCAGGACAACUUUAAAUGUUUCAUUCAGCUGAUCAUGGAUGGAACUAUCAAAAGAUUGGAUGGCGUUAUCAGAGAUGUACAGGAGUUGAAGACCAGCUUAGAAUUCACCCAAGUAAAGUUUGAAGAGAAAAAGAUGGGAUGCACUGAAAUUGAGGCAAAGAUAAAGGCACUUGAGACAACCAUAACUACUUCCAAGCAGGAACUGGAUGCAAUGUUCACCAAGCUGGACUACAUUGAGAAUCAGAGCAGGAGAACAAACAUUUUAAUCAAUGGCAUUGCUGAUGAGAAAGGAGAGAAUUGGAGUGAGUCAGAGAAAAAGGUGAGACAAAUGCUUUCUAAAGAUUUGGGCUUGGAUGGAACAAAUAUGGACAUUGAGCGUGCCCAGGCUUGGUCAGUUCCAGGAGGGGGGAAGGCCAAGGAAAAUUGUUGUCUUCACAUUAAAGACAGAGAGAUGA